AACAAAUUAAAACACCAAGUGAUGUAUCAAUACAUGCAACCAUGCUAUAUAAAUACGCAGAUACACGGAAAUGAGCCCUAUGAGAUAUCUACAAGCCACUGUACUAAAUACCUUAUCAGCCUUAAUUUAAUUAUGGGUUAAAUGUGUUCACCGUCCCUGAACUUUGAGCGAGAUCUGGUUUCCGUCCCUCGCCGGAAAAUCUUCCUAACCCCAUCCUCAGACUCAAGUAUUUGUACGGAAACCGUCCUUGCCGCCGGUAUAGCUCCGGCAGCCGUGCACGUGGCCGUGCCACGUCAUUUAAUGAAAUGACAUGGCAUUUAAAUAAAAAAAAAAUUCUUUUAAAAAUUAUAAUUAAGCCCUCUGAUUUAACCCUAACUAAACUAAAUAAUCCUAAAACUAAUUAACCCUAAAACCUAAUUAAACUUUACUCCUUCAAAAUCCCCAAAUCCAAAUUAGGGUUCACCAUCUUCUUUCCCUUUCCCUCUUCCCUUCUCCAUUGAACUGAGGCUGCACCUGCACCAUCGAUUUCUUCCCUUCUUCAUCUUCUCUGUCGAUUUCUUCCUAUCUUUCCUUCUUGUCCAUCGAAUCCUCUUCUCCUUUCACACGAUUUCCUGUCUUCUCCGUCGAAUCCUCUUCUUCUUUCACGCGAUUUCCUGGGUUUUCUGGUUCGUGUCCUUCAACCAUGAGAAGACCGUGUUCAUCUGGUUCUUGUGCAUCCUCGAGCACUUACUCCAUGCCUCCAAGCGGAAUCUGUGCUUGUGGGGAACUAAUUGUGUACCUGACAUCUCACACUCCUGAAAAUCCAGGAAGACAUUUCUGGAGAUGCAGGAAUUUCAAGACCCCCAGGGACUGUGGUUUCUUCCUGUGGGAUGAGGAUGCAGGAGUCCAAAGUUCAGGAACACAACGUGUUGUUGAUAUGUUGAGGACAGAGUUGGAAGAUUCAAAGGACAAAUUGGAUGAAUUGAAGAAGAAAUUGGAGGAUACAAAGAUGAAAUUUGAGGACACAAAGAUGAAAUUGGAGGAAAGCAAGAACAAAAUUAGCAAGCUUCAAAGGAAGCUUGACUGUGAGCUGCUGAAUAAGAAAAUGGCCUUUGCAGCCAUACUGAUUGUUGUGUUAGCUUGGGUUGUUAGCUUUUGCUUCCUUUAUGGAAGAAAAAUGUAAUCUGAGAAGGGAAUGGAGGUUAUGUUGAUGUUUUGGAAGUUAUUUGGGUAGGUUGGUUGAGUUUAAGUAGAAUCAUGUAAUGGAGUUUUUAUUGUAACAAGUUCCUGAAUUCAGAAGAAAUGGCAAUGGAAUUGUUUCUUUUUUCAACA